AUGGCGAUCCAGACCAGGACGUUUACCCGUGACGAGGUGGCCGCGUCGGCCAAGGCAGCCGCCGCCGGCAGCGCCGAUGAGCAGGCGCCCGUGCUCUUCAUCAUCGACACAGUCGUCUACGACGUGUCCGACUUUCUCGAUGCCCACCCGGGCGGCGAGUUUGUGCUGCGCCAAGUUGCCGGCACCGAUGCCACGACGGCCUUUUAUAACCUGCACCGCCAGGAGGCGCUGGAACGCUACAAGGCUGACCUGGCCGUCGGCACCAUCGUCGACGAGACACCCAGCAUCGUGGCCGUCCCGCCGGCUGACCUCUCGCCCGUGCCCUAUGCCGAGCCGCUCUGGCUCUCGCCUGUCUUCAGCACGCCGCCCUUCUACAGCGAGAGCCACCGCCGGCUGCAGCGGGCCAUGCGCGCCUUUGUCACCGAGCACGUCGCCCCCGAAGCCCUCGAGUGCGAGCGCACCGGCACCCACAUCAGCCAACCGCUCAUCGACAAGAUGGCCGCUGCCGGCAUCCUGCACAUGCGUCUCGGCCCCGGUAAACACCUCCACGGUGUUCCACUCUUGCCCGAUGCCCAAAAUCCCGACGGCGUCGUCGAUGGCCGCGACUUUGACUUUUUCCAUGACAUGAUCCUCGCCCAGGAAAUGGUCCGCCCCGCCGCUCGCGGCUUCCAGGAUGGCAACAUGGCCGGCCUCACCAUCGGCCUCUCCGUCAUCCUCCACUACGCAAACGACCCCCAGCUGCAGGCCCGCAUCCUCGCCGACUGCCUCUCCGGCCGCAAGAAAAUCUGCCUCGCCAUCACCGAGGCCUUCGCCGGCUCCGACGUCGCCCAGCUGCGUACCACCGCCGUCAAAACCGCCGACGGAAAACACUACGUUGUCAAUGGUACCAAGAAGUGGAUCACAAACGGCGUCUUCUCCGACUACUUUGUCGUCGGCUGCCAAACCGGAAAGGGCAUGAGCGUGCUGCUCAUUGAGCGUGGUGAAGGCAUUGAGACCAAGCCCAUCAAGACGAGCUACUCCGCUGCUGCUGGCACCACCUACAUCACCUUUGACAAUGUCAAGGUACCUGUCUCCAACCUGCUCGGCCAGGAGAACAAGGGCAUCUACGUCAUCUUGUCCAACUUCAACCACGAGCGCUGGAGUAUGACUUGUGCCACAAACCGUGCUUGCCGUCUCAUCGUUGAAGAAUGCCUCAAGUGGGCGCACCAGCGCCUAGUUUUCAGCAAGCGACUCAUUGACCAGCCCGUCAUUCGACUCAAGCUUGCAAAGAUGAUCGCCCUCGUCGAGAGUCACCAGUCGUGGCUCGAGACCAUCACCUACCAGAUGUGCAAUAUGCCCUAUGAGAUGCAGUCCAAGCACAUGGGCGGGCCCAUUGCCCUGCUGAAGAUGAGCUCAACACGCAUGGCACACGAGAUUGCCGACGAGGCUGUCCAGAUUUGGGGUGGUCGCGGCCUGACGCAGACUGGAAUGGGCCGCGUCAUUGAAAACUUCAACCGUACCUACAAGUUUGACGCCAUCCUGGGCGGUGCCGAGGAAGUGCUAGGCGAUCUGGGCGUCAGACAGGCUAUGAAGUUCAUGCCGAAGGCCGUCUUAUGA